GAGAGCGCAAGUGAGGCCAUGUUCCAGCCUCAGCCAACGCCUUUCGCGUUCCACGCCUCGGCACAUAACGCGUACUCUCACCCUCAUCCCCACGGUCAAGCUCACGGUCAAACGUACAUCCAGCCCCAGGGCGGCCCGCUGCAGGACCACCCGUCUCAGAACAGCGGAGGCUAUGGCAUCAGCGCCGGCGAAGAGGGGUAGGAAGAGUGGAGAUGAGGAUGAGGAUGGGUAUGGUGGGCGAUGGUGUCGGAGGAGGUGCAUCUCACGACGUCGGCAUUGGUACAAGAAUGGGCGGCUCACACUACGGCUACUCGUCGUCAGCAAGAGAAGAGAGAGCCGGUUCUGGUUCUGGCUCUGGUUCUGGAUCUGGUGGUCGAGGCCAAGGUCAUGGACCAAGUCAAGCUCAUGGCCAAGCUGGAGGUGUUGGAGGUUCUGGCAUGGGAGCUGGAGCUGGAGCUGGAGUGGGUUCGUCAUCGGGUGCAUCGUCGGUGGGACUGGACAGCAUGGGUAACCCCCUGGUGAUGGGCGGCGGCGGUGGUGGUGAUGGUGGCGGCGGCGGCAGGCUAGGGCUGGGGAUGGGCAUGGCACAGAUGGGCAUGGGCAUGGGCAUGGACAGCCUGAACGGCAUGGGUAUGGGCCUGGGCCACAGUGGGCUGUCCCUGUCGGCGCAGUCGCAGCCGCGGUCGCAAUCACUGUCACAGUCGCUAUCUGGUGUUAUGGGGAUGGGAGGGGAAGCUGCAGGCGCACACAGCCUGAUUGCUGCGUCGCCGGCCAGACCUGGAACCUCGCUAACAACGGCGCAACACCAGCACCAGCAGCAUCAGCACGGGCAGCAGCAUCAAUACCAGCAGCAGCGUCAACAACAGUACCGCGAGCAGCAACAGCAGCAAAGACAACCAGUCCCAACAACAGCAGCAGUAGCAACAGCAGCGGGAGGGACGUUGGCGACAACACCAACAGCAGCCACGGCGCCUGUUGUUGGCCCCGGCCCAGGUGCCGGCCGGGUUCCAGCUGUCACCACCACCACCACCAACACUCCCGCAUCGCGUGCAGUUCAGGUUCCAGUUCAGGUUCAGAGUCAGGUUGCUGCACUUGCACAUCAUCAUCAUCAUCAGCAGCAGUCUCAGUCUCCUUCAUCUACCUCCCCUCCUCCAACCACCACCAACACCAACGUUGUCUCUGGCGUUUUCGCCGUGGCUUCGGCUGCUACUUCUGCUGCCCACUUGCACCUUAACCACCAUAACAGCCCCGGCGCUGCGUCUGCCUCAUCCUCCUCCGCGUCUUCUUCCUCCUCCUCCUCCUCCUCCUCCCGCUCCCUCUCCCGCUCCUCCCUGCCCCAUUCCCAUUCUCAUUCUCAUUCCCAUUCGUCCUACGCUUACUCCCACGCCAACCUUUACUCCAACCACAACCACCUCCACGGACACGUCCAGCAACAACACCCUCCUCCUCAUCCUCACCCCGGCGCCUCUUCUUCGACAACAUCCUCUUCUGCCUUUUACACCACAAGCUCCAACGCCAACCCAGGCUUCGCAAACACCGCCGCCGCCGCCACUCCUGAUCACGCCCACGCCCACGCCCACGCCCUCGCCGUGAGCACUCGUCGUCCUUCCGCCAUGGAACCCGGCGACCCCUCCGACGUUGCCGCCCAAGAAGCCGCCGCUCGGGAUUAUCAGCCACAGCUCGAGGGUUUAUUGGUGGGCGACAAGAUCACAAGCGACGCCAUAACCGACGAGUACGCCAAGGCUGAUGAAAUCUACAUCGCAAAGACCAUCAAUCUCCCCCAGACAUACUCUCACUACCGCCCUGUUCAAGCAAUCGGCUUCUCCUACUUUGAGCAUCUCAUCAAUAAUGGCGACCAGCACCAGAUCCUCGGCGAGGCCGCGCGCAUCACGAGCUUAAAUCAGUACCUCCUCAAUGUUGGCUGCUACGAUCGGAUGUUGUUUGAGGACAUGGUGGACGAGACGAUUGGCUUGCUCAAAGACGUUGCCCAGAACAUUGCCAACCCACAACUGGCCAUGGACAUCAUGGUCCAGCGCUUCAAUGAUCAGGGCUCCUCCAAUGCCAUAAUCUAUCACCUUCGACUGUUGGCGCUCUCAUGGCUCAAGGGAAACGUCGAGCUUUACGAACCCUUCAUCCCCGCCGAGACGGGUAUCAUCGGCUAUUGCGCCGAAAUCGAGCGCCCAAACAGAGAGAUUGACCAUCUCGGCAUCAUUCUGCUCGUUCAGGUGCUGCUGAAGCCCAUCAACUUUGUGCUGGAGAUUGCCUAUCUGGAUCGGAGCCCGGGAAAUCAGGUCAAUAUUUACCGCUUCCCCGACGAGGCUAAUGGCCAGGACCCCUCCACUCUGGGACCCAUCAUGUACUUGCUUUACCGGCCCGAUCACUAUGAUAUCCUAUACAAGUCACCUCCGAACCCGGCACCCUUGAAUCUCCAGGUUCACCGGGUUGGUUCCUUUUCUCACUCGCAAGAGAUUGCGAGCGUGGGUCCCUCGUUGCAGAACUAUGCCCUCGACUAUGGCCCUUUGGCCAUGCUGCCCGGAUUCGGUGGGCCGCCCUCGGGCUUGUCAUCGGCCUUGUCUUCACUCGGCUCGCCCACAUCCGCCUCUCCGCUGCCAGACGCCUACGACCCUUCACCUCAGUCCCCCUGGCUCGCGACGCCGUACUCUGAGCAUAUUCAGCAGCAGCAGCAGCAGCAGCAGCAGCAGCAACAGACGGCACCUGCCUCUCGACGGCAGUCCCAAGCGCCAGCUCGACCACAACAGUCGACGCCCGCCCCUACGAAGCCAUCUCAACCCGUGGACUACCAGCUCAGGUUCAGUCAUCAGUGCUGGCAUCUCAACAACACCAACUCGGCGCAACCGUCAGUGAUACCAGGGCAGACAGGGUUCCAAGAACCCAGCUUUACUACUGCAAUGUUCAAGAACAGCCAUUUCAACAAGGCGCAUUACAAUAAUCCCCACUUUCAUCCCGAGGAGUGGACUCCUGACGAUGAUGGCCACCACGAGAGGCUGCCAGCGCCCAAGAAGAAGGGAAGGGUCAGGUCAGAUCACUAGGCAAUCACAACAAACGAUGG